AUGCAGGAACUUCAUAAAUGGGGAUCAAUGUACGAAAAGAGGUUUGGGUAUAUUUUUGUGACAUGUGCAUCUGAAAAGAGUUCUUCUGAAAUACUUGCUGAAUUGAAUACGCGCUUCAGAAACAACCAUGUUGUUGAGUUGGAUAUUGCAUCAAAGGAGGAAAUAAAGUAUAUAGAAUUGCACAUUACAGAUCUUCUAUAUAAGAGAUAUGCCCAGAGUACUAAUAAGGGAGAUGUGUUAUCUGAAUAUUCAGGCGAAGUAGUUAAUGACAGUCUAAAUGGGAUAAAAACUGAUUCAGAAGAAAAUUUAAAUGAAAUUUCCUCUGUUGGAAUUGACAUCUCCAUGCAGUCUGAUCUCAAAAAGGUUUCGGAAGAAGACAAAGAAACUUUGGAUAACCAGCAAAUACAAGAUCAUGUACAUGUUGCAAAUAGGGGCUUCGAUUUGAACAAAAUGCCAUAG